AUGGCAGAGCCUAAGCACCCGAGGACUCAAUACGACGACAUUGCGACAUCAUAUGAUCUUGUCUGGACCACCCCCGCCGUUAAGCCCCUCCUCCCACUAUUGAAGUCGACCCUCGGCUCCCUCGGCCCACUGGCCGGAUCAUCCGUUCUGGAUCUUGCAUGCGGCACAGGAAUUGGCUUACGCCUGGUUCGCUCCUUGGGGGCUUCCAAGCUGGUUGGGGUGGACAUCUCUCACCAGAUGAUCGGGAUAGCAGAAUCGACAGUCCCAGAGGCUGUCUUCCACACGGCGGACUGCAGCAAGCCCUUGGACAAGCUAGGACUGGAACCUAAGAGCUAUGAUGUCGUGCUCGGCUUUUGGCUGCUGAACUACUGCCCUUCAUCCGUCGAGAUGCGCGGGAUGUGGGCCAAUAUUGCGAACUACCUCAAACCCGGCGGAAAGUUUGUGGGCAUUAUUGAGAAUCAUAGUAUCGUGCACCCGAUUGGUGUGCAGAGCUUCAAAUACGGUUGCAGAGAGAGCGAAGUCUCGGAGCUCGAGAACGGGCAAGGCUGGAGUUUACACGUCGAGUUCCAGACAGAGCCGGAAAUCGCGUUCGAUGCGUUCAGAAUGAAGAAGGAGAUUCUGGAGUUGGAAUCGAAGAGUGUCGGGAUGGGUGAAAUCACUUACUAUGCUCCGAAAAAGGAGCAUGUCCGAGAGACUGGAGGGAAUGGAGACACAACGGAUGAGGACGGAGACUGGUGGAACGACUUGUUGAAUGAACCUCCGAACUUUGUUAUUGUCGCUCAGAAGCUUUGA